UCCUUACUUUACAGAUGGGGAAAUGAGGCAUAGAAAGAUGACAUAGUUUGCCCGAAGUCACGACCACUACCAAAGAACUACCGUGUAUAGUACGUGGUGAAGCCAGAAUUUGAACCUGGAGGGUCUGGCUCCACAACCUGCUCUAAAACCAUUGUACCUUGGCACCCAGUAGAAACAUCCAGGCUAUGCUAGAAUUAUACAUAAUUGAGUUUGACUAAAUUAAGAUAACAGAAAACAAGGCCAGAAAAAUACUGUGGAACCACUGAAGACAAUUUUGAGAGCUAAGUUAAGGAUCAUCUACCCUUUGGUGCAGAUAAAAAAGCAAGUAGCAAUUGGACAGGAGAAGAAUGGCGUUGAAACAGAUUUCCAGCAACAAGUGCUUUGGGGGAUUGCAGAAAGUUUUUGAACAUGACAGUGUUGAACUGAAAUGCAAAAUGAAAUUUGCUAUCUAUUUACCACCAAAGGCAGAAACUGGAAAAUGCCCUGCACUAUACUGGUUGUCUGGUUUAACUUGCACAGAACAAAAUUUUAUAUCAAAAUCCGGUUACCAUCAAGCUGCCUCGGAACAUGGCCUUGUCGUCAUUGCUCCAGAUACCAGCCCUCGUGGCUGCAAUAUUAAAGGAGAGGAUGAGACCUGGGACUUCGGCACUGGGGCUGGAUUUUAUGUGGAUGCUACUGAAGAUCCUUGGAAAACUAACUACAGAAUGUACUCGUAUGUGACGGAGGAGCUUCCACAACUCAUAAAUACCAAUUUUCCAGUGGAUCCCCAAAGGAUGUCUAUUUUUGGCCACUCCAUGGGGGGCCAUGGAGCUCUGAUUUGUGCUUUGAAGAAUCCUGGAAAAUACAAAUCUGUGUCAGCAUUUGCUCCAAUUUGCAACCCAGUGCUCUGUCCUUGGGGCAAAAAAGCCUUUAGUGGAUAUUUGGGAACAGAUCAAAGUAAAUGGGAGGCUUAUGAUGCUACCCAUCUUGUGAAGGCCUGCCCAGGUACUCAGCUGGAUAUACUAAUUGAUCAAGGAAAAGAUGACCAGUUCCUUUCAGAUGGACAGCUACUACCUGAUAACUUCAUAGCUGCCUGUACAGAAAAGAAAAUCCCUGUUGUUUUCAGAUUACAAGAGGGUUAUGAUCAUAGCUACUACUUCAUUGCAACCUUUAUUACCGAUCACAUCAGACAUCAUGCAAAAUACCUGAAUGCUUGAAAAGCUUCGGAUAAGAGAAUCUCUUCAGGAUGAUAAAAUUGUAAUAAACAGACUGGCAAGGAAAAAAGAUUUUAAAACAUUGGAUUUUGUAGUGCCAAAAAUGCUUCAUUCUGUAGUUGAAUCACCCUCUAAAUAAAUAUAUCAAACCUGCUUCUGAUUUAAAAAGUUA